AUGCUGAAUAAAGUGUUCUUGUUCCUGUUCCUGUUCCUGUUCCUGUUCCUGUUCCUGUUCCUGUUCCUGUUCCUGAUCCUGAUCCUGAUCCUGAUCCUGAUCCUGAUCCUGAUCCUGAUCCUGAUCCUGAUCCUGAUCCUGAUCCUGAUCCUGAUCCUGAUCCUGAUCCUGAUCCUGAUCCUGUUCCUGUUCCUGUUCCUGUUCCUGUUCCUGUUCCUGUUCCUGUUCCUGUUCCUGUUCCUGUUCCUGUUCCUGUUCCUGUUCCUGUUCCUGUUCCUGUUCCUGUUCCUGUUCCUGUUCCUGUUCCUGUUCCUGUUCCUGUUCCUGUUCCUGUUCCUGUUCCUGUUCCUGUUCCUGUUCCUGUUCCUGUUCCUGUUCCUGUUCCUGUUCCUGUUCCUGUUCCUGUUCCUGUUCCUGUUCCUGUUCCUGUUCCUGUUCCUGUUCCUGUUCCUGUUCCUGUUCCUGUUCCUGUUCCUGUUCCUGUUCCUGUUCCUGUUCCUGUUCCUGUUCCUGUUCCUGUUCCUGUUCCUGUUCCUGUUCCUGUUCCUGUACCUGUUCCUGUUCCUGUUCCUGUUCUUAUCAAAAUAUACAGCAGUUUAUACCGACACUUUAGACGAAUUUCCGUCACACGCUAGGGAAUCAAAACCUACAAGCUCAGAUCAUAGAAGGGAAUAG